AUGGUGAAGCGCGCAGCGUCGAGCACAGCAGCAGCGAGCAGCAAAAAGGUACGCGCCUCGGAGAGUGCGCCUGCAGCUGCCGCGCCGUCACCGGCUGCGCCGUCGGGCCAGGACCACACGGCACCUGAGUGGGUGCCAAGGAAUGCGCAGCUGCCGACGGGUGCGCUCAAGCUGGCACCGCGCGACGAAGCGCAUGUGCGUCUGAUGAUAUGGAAUAUCACGUCUCUCAAGAGCUCGGAUACCAAGGGCUUCAUGCGGUACCUGCGUGCCGAGGACCCAGAUGUAGCGGUGCUGUCCGAGACCAAGGUGAACGAGAAGCCCUCGCAUGCGGGCAUCGACACGAUGUAUCCGUACCAGUACUGGGGUAUUGGCGAGAAGAAGGGGUAUGCGGGCAUAGCUGUGCUCUCCAAGAUCAAGCCGGCGCAGGUACAGUAUGGGCUGCCGGGCUUUGACGACCCGAGCUCGCGUGGGCGCCUGCUCACGGUCGAGUUUGCGCGCACCGUUGUCGUCGGCACGUAUGCGGUGAAUGCGGGCGACAACCUCAAGACGCUCGAGACCAAGAACCGGUGGAAUGCGGCGCUCGAGAAGCACUUGGCGUCGCUCCCCCGGGACAAGGAUAUCGUGUGGUGUGGUGACCUGAACGUCGUGUGGGACGACCGCGACCUCGCAGGCGCGACGAAGAAGUGGAACAAGUCGGCCGGAUACACGCAAGCCGAGUGCGAUGCGCACCGCCGCGUGCUCGCGACGAACGACAUGUGUGAUGCAUGGCGCGAGCUGCACCCUGACGCGAUCGGCCACUACACGUAUUAUGGCUGGCGCGGCAACUGCCGUGCACGCGGUGCAGGCUGGCGCAUUGACUCGUUCAUCGUGUCGCGCAAAGCGCUCCCGCGCGUCCAAUCGUGUGAGAUCCGCCAUGACAUCUACGGUGCGAGCGAUCAUGUUCCGGUGGUCGCCGAUAUGACGGGGCCGCUAUAA